UACUUCUAAUCUUUAAUCUUAAUCACACAUGUUUCUGUCUUUCUUUCAUGCUUUUCAACUUUCAAGAGGGUUUAAUCAUUUCUUCAACGUUAUUUCAUGAUUCAUUGUGUUCUUUCUCUUCUUUAUUAUUCUCGCGUCUUUUAUUGUUUUUACAGUUUUUACCAGAUUGCUUUUCUCUUUUUUCAUUCGUACAUGAUUAAGAGUGUAGGUGAAGUUGGUUCUUUCUGGAUAGGAUAUGUUUCGUGUUGGUUCAAUCUUGCAAGGAUGAGACAUGUCACGAGAAAAAAUUGUGGCGACUAAUUUUCCCGCAUUAAUUUUCAGGGCCCAAGAUUAUAUUUUUACAUUAAAGACUUAUUAUUUUUUUAAUAAUUUUCUGUUCCUUGAUUUGUUCUGCACAAAUAUCUUCAUUAAUAAUAUAUGUUUUUAAAUAUUUUCUUACCUUCUUGUAUAAGGAAACAUCCAUCGUUGACCCCUUUUUCCUGUAACUUUGUUUUUCAUUAUUAUUUUACAGUAAGUAUGCAUAUUUUCUGGCUGUUUCUAAAAACUUCUCUUUUGGGUGUUGAUUUUUCUUUCACCAAAAAAAAAAGGUCGUGAACUUUAUUUCUUCUUCUUUUGGCGAUUAUUGAGAAUUUUCUGGCUCGUAAUUAGAAUCUACGAUUAAUCCAAAAAGUUGCGAUGGGUUGAGGCAAAAUCUCUUGGCCACCACACUGGAACUGGAGACGAUGAAGAACGCGAACAGGGAACUUAUGAAUCACUUGAAGAUGGCUUGCAAAGAGAGAGACGAAGCAAGACAAGAACUUCAUAAACUGUUCAAAAAACUAACACCCUCCACUCUGCUUGAAAUCCCUUCCUCCAUGAUGAUUCCAACACCAACCAAAUCCAGCAUCACAGAAUCCAACAGCCCCUCGCACGUUUCCUCCCCCGUAGAUUCCCUUCUCGAGGCAGCUUCUCCUCGGGAAUUCUCCAACAUGAUUGUCGACUCACACAACAACAUGGCUUAUCAUCUCAAACAAUCUUUGGUUACGAGGGUGUCGCAGAAGCGCACGUGCGAUGUUGGGGACGAAGUGAUAGAACACCUUGCCAAGAGAAGAACGUUGCCCCAAAAGGGUAUGCUCCUUAAGGCUGUGGUCGAUGCGGGUCCCUUGCUUAAGACACUCCUUGUUGCGGGCCCACUUCCCACGUGGCGCAACCCCCCUUCUUCGCAGACCAUAGAGACUCCAUGCCUCAAUGUUCAAGACUUUGGUUGCAGCAAUGUUAAUACCUUCAAUUCACUGCAGAAACCAACGCUUGCAUUUGCAUCUUCUCGUUCUUUGCAGCCUUCUGUGUUCAAUGUUUCUGCUGCGAACAACAGUACCUUGCAGAUGAGUUCAAAUACUUCUUGCAAGAAUCUCGCUCCGUCGAGGAUUCCACAGAGCCAUCAGUAUCUUCUAUGAAAUUGAAUCGCGCUCACAAUUAUUUUUAUUCUGUAAAGUGAGUUAGAAAUUUUGGUGUAAAUGGCAUACCCCGGCUCUGAUUUAAUUGUCAAGCUGACCUAUUUUGGUUCUAGUUGAAACGGAGUACUUAUCUCCAAACAUGACAAUUUAUUGGAAGAUUUGAUUCA